AUGGAUGAGGAUAGUGAACAGGAAUUUGAUGACGAAAUAAAUUUGAUAUUGGCUGUGCUAGACAUAUCAGAUGACGAUGACGAUGGAAACUGCAAAAUGCCGGCACGCAAUUUGCCAUUACGAGGGGCCAUGUAUAUAAGGUGCAUGCUGAACGGUAACCCAACGCCGUUUAAGGAAAUGUUCCGUAUGGAGCAACCCCAGUUUAUAAUGUUGUGUACUGAGUUGAGGGAGCGCCAACUCAUGAGGAGUACAAGGAACGUUGAGGUUGAGGAAAGUGUGGCUAUAUUUCUUGUGGUUAUCGGCCACAGCCAGGGGCAGCGGGUUGCGUCAGAUCGCUUUCAACAUUCCACUGAGACAAUAAACCGCCAUAUCAAGACGGUGCUUGGUGCAAUGGGUCAUCUAGCGAGGAUUUACAUUAGAGUUCGUCACAGGACUGGGAUGGCCCCACAUGUAAGCGGUGAUCCCAAAUAUUAUCCUUGGUUCAAGGGAACAGCUAACGAUGGUCGCGUAUUUAAGGAUGCUGUUACAGGUGACAACGGUUUUGAGUGGCCCAUAGAUGGGCACUAUUACGUGGCUGAUUCAGCGUAUCCAUGUACGCGGGGUUUUUUGCCUCCAUAUAAAGGGGAGAGGUACCAUCUCAACACUUAUCGCAACAGGCCGUUGCCACGUGGGUACAAGGAACUAUUUAACUUUAGGCACUCAUCGUUGCGAAUGAUCAUCGAGAACUGCUUCGCCAGAUUGAAGAUGGCCAUUAUAUUGGCAUGUUGCACGCUACACAACUUCGUCGGGGUACACAAUCCGAAUGAUGAAAUCUUCAGCGGCAAUGAUGCAGCAGAACCGGAAAUGGACGUCGAUCAGGUAGACAUGAGUGAGCACCCAGAUGAUUAUGGCAACAACGAUGAGGCAGGCCCAUCAAAUUCAGGACAUUAUGACUUCUCCCAAGCAGCUUCCGUUGAAAUGGCCCAAUUUAGAGAAGGCAUUGCACAAGCAAUGUGGGAUACCCGUCAUGGACACUAG